AUGGCCAGAUCACAGUUGCCUUCUUCGCACGCCCAAAACCCAGUCCUCUGGGCGAUUUCAGGUAGAUAUCUGAGGGCAAAUGGUGAGGCUCUGGUUGAUGCAUAUAUUCUUAUGAGUCAGAAAACAAAAGGGUACCUAGAGAUGUAUUCGCUGCCAACAAAUUUUGUAAUUCUCAUGUUCUUAUUCUUCUUCUACUUUGGAGAUGUUCUUGUGCUAUCUCUCCGUACGCUUUCCAUGGAUCCUUGCAACCCCACAGCCCAACAGAAACAACAAACUCUCAUCUCGGAUCAACUAACAGUCCUCAUCAAUGGUUACUCCGAGUCUCGCAUCCCUCUCCUCCAAUCCAUUGUUGCCUCAUAUGCAGCCUCAUCUUUGGUCUCCUCCAUUCUUGUACUCUGGGGAAACCCUUCCACCCCAUCCCAAACCUUGGCACAACUGACUCACAAUCUCACACAAUCCUCAUUUGGGUUUAAUGGCAUCUCUGUAAUCCGCCAAACAUCAGGCAGCCUCAAUAAUCGGUUCCUCCCCAGACCCUCAAUUAAGACCCGAGCAGUCUUGAUCUGUGAUGACGAUGUUGAAGUUGACCCUAAAUCCUUCGAAUUUGCUUUUAAAAUGUGGGGAUCAAACCCAGACCGUCUGGUUGGGUUCUUUGUCAGGUCACAUGACAUAGAUUUAUCAAAGAAAGAGUGGAUUUACACCAUUCAUCCAGACAAGUACUCAAUCAUGCUCACAAAGUUUAUGCUUUUGAAAAGCGAGUAUUUGUUUCAAUACAGCUGUGCAGGAGGACCGGUCAUGGCACACAUGAGGAGGAUCGUGGAUAAGAUGAAUAAUUGCGAGGACAUAUUGAUGAAUUUUGUGGUGGCGGAUGAGGUUAAUUCAGGGCCUAUAUUGGUGGGGGCUGAGAGGGCUAGGGAUUGGGGGGAUGCACGCAAUGAUAAUGAUGAUGGUGAUGGUAAUGGUAAUGGACGGCACAAAUUGAUUGGGGAGGUGGCACAGGUGGGUUUGAGUAGUAGGAAAGGAAAUCAUAGGAAGAGGAGAGGGGAGUGUAUAGGUGAGUUUCAUAGGGUGUUGGGGAGAAUGCCUUUGAGGUUUAGUUAUGGGAAGGUAGUCAACUCUGUUGGUGAACAAGGGCUGUGUCAAAAAGGGGGGAAAUUGGUGUUUUGUGAUCAGUCAUAG